AUGAUGACCUAUUGCUUGAAAAAACCCGAGAAAAUAUAAACUAAACAGAGUUUGAAAAUGCUUUAAACUUAAAGCUGUGAAAUAUUUAUGAUGAAUAUUGAAUAUAAUUUAUCAUCGUAUUUUACAAGAUUAAGUAAUUGUAAUUUUAAUUGUUAAUAUUGUGUUAACAAUGAUUUUAAGAAAUUAAGAGGAGGAGGAUGUGGAUAAUCAAAAACAAAAAAGAAAUUGGAUUCACAAUUACAAAAGGAUUAAAAUUAAAUGACUUCAGCAUAAUUACCCAUAGAUUAUGAAAAAAACCUUAUUGAAUGCCUUAAGCUGAUUGUAGAUGAAGCUCAAUUCUUUUGUGACACAAAUAAGAGAAAUGAAGUAAUUAAGAAAAUAUAAUGGUUUAUAUAUAAUAGAGAAUACUUGAAUUAUUAUUGUUGUGACGAAUAAGCAGUUGCCACAAUUUAUGAAUUAGCUAAAGCAAAUUUUGAAAGUUUAUUAACAGUGCUUAUCACCUAUUUAAGAAACUCUGGAUUUAUUUGUUAUUAAAUAUUAUAGAUUUGUAAUGAACUGUUAAGAAUUAUGUAUAUUUUCUAAUAUAGAGAAUAAAAGAGAUUUUUAAAAGAUGAAGAUAAAUAAAAUUACAUAUAAAAAUUAUCAGAAUUUGAAACAUAAUUAGAAAUUGAAUAAGCAAAUGUUUGGAAAACAGGAUUUGAAUUUGAAAUAAAAAUUAUGAAAAUCAUGAUUAUUAAUUAAAAAACUGAUUCUACUGAAGGAUAAGAUGCAUUAAUAAAUUUCUUAAAGGAAGCAGGAAAAUCAAUUAUAUCAUUAUCACCAUCUGAAGAUUUACUUUCCACAAUAAUGGAUGGGGGCAAGUAUCUUUUAAAAAAAGGAGUUGAAAAAAAAUUAUAUCCAAUAGAAACUUAUUAAACUUAUUACUUAUUCUAAUUGAUGAAAUGGUCAAUCAUAAAAUCAUUAAAAUCUUAACUUUCCGUUUAUAAAUAAAUAUCAUAAUUAAAAGAUAUUUUUUAAUAAUAUAUAUUUGUGUCUGAUAAUUGGAUUAUACAUUUUAGUUGGGUAUAAAUGAUUAUCGAUAUUAUCGCUUAUCGUCCUAUCAUAAAUAAAUCUGAUAUAUCUAUGAAUUAAUAAGACUAAUAUUUACUUAAAUGGACUCUGCUAAUUGAAAAUAAUUUAAUUAAUUGUGUUUCACCUAAUUAGGAUGAGGCUAUUAUGAAUUUGUUUUUAGACUAAGAAAAAUAAAUAUAUGACAUUGAAUUAACUAGAGAAUUGGAUAAAUUUAGUAAGAAAAAGUUUGUACUAUUUAAUUAAUUUCUUUUAAAAGGAGAUCUAACUCAAAAUGUAAAUUAAUGGGACUAUUAUAAAGAAUUCACAUUUAAAAAGUAAAAAGAUAAAAAAUAAGAAGAUUAUGAAAUCAUAUUAGCAAGUUAUGAAAUAGAAAUAUUGUAAAAAUUAAUUAACAAUUUAAAAUCUUAGUAAGAUGAAUUAUUAUCAAUUCAUUCAGGUAUUAUAGAAUCAUUUUAAACUUAUUUUAAAUAACCAUCUUCAAUGUUAUUAUAGAUUAUUUAAGAUGAUCAAUAAGCAACUUAAAAGUAAUUCUUACAAGCUUAUAAAUAAUUGAUCAUUUUAUCUAAUUACUUUAAAGAAUUAUCUAAAUUUGAAGUUUCGAAAUUGGAUUUGCUUAAGCCUUACUUAGAUAAAUUUAAAAAUUUAGAAAAUCAAAAGAAUUUACUUGAUCUUAAAACAAAGAUUGAUAAUUUUUAAAACACAGAACUUAUUGAAUUUAUUGAUCAACUUUUAAAUAAUUUCUUGAUUGCUAUUGAAUUUGCAUGUAUUACGCAUGAAAUGUAAUAAUUUUUAGACUCUAAAAAUUAAACAGAUUUAGAAAAAUUAAUUAAGAAACUUGAUACUGACAAAUCUUAAGAGAAGUUUUUAGGCUUUGAAAUAGAUAAAUUUAAAAAAAUAUUUACAACAUUCGAAAAUAACUUUAAUUAAUUUUACAUAAAUUUAAGAUCAUAUAAAGAAAAUUUUAUAAAAUUUAUUCAAAAGGAGUUAGAUAUAAAGUCUAUGACAAUUUAAAUAUAAGAUUAGAACACCUUAUAAAUAAUUGAAUAUUAUUAAUAUAAAGAUAAGAGUAUCAAUAAAUUAUUAUUAUAAAAAUGGAAGGAGAAAUAUCAAUUAUUUGAUUCUGAAUUAAGAACUUUAGAGAAUGUAUAGUAAAAUUUUAUUGAUUGUAAGUCCAUCAUUAUAACUUUAUAAUUCUUAAAAUAAUUCAUAAAUAUAUAAAGUUAAUAAAUGAUGAUUAUUAAAUAAUAAUUAGAAAAUUAUAAUUAAUAAACCAAUUUAACUUAAAAUUAAGUGAAUGUCGAUAAAAAACAAACUAUUAAUGAUAUUUUAACUUAAUAACUAUAAAAAAUUGAACCGUUGAUCAUAGAAGAUUUCAAUAAAUCUGAUUAAGAGAAUAUUGAUUUUAAUUUAAAAAGUCUAUUAAGUUAAAUAGAGUCUGAUUUUAAUUUAAUUAAAAGUGAAUGUUAGAAAUAGGAAAAUUAAGAUAAUAAUCAUUCAAUACUCUCAUUGUUAACAAAUGCCUAAUUCAUAAUUCUAUAAAUAUUAAAUAAGAAUACAGACUUAUCGAAUUAAUAAGGUUUUUUGAAAAGCUAUUAAUAAAGUUUGAAUGAUUUUAAUCAAAAAACUAAAAUAAAUAAGUAAAAAUUUGAAAACGAAGAAAAUAAAGAAAAAGAAGAAAAAGAAUAAUAACUGAAUGAUUCAUCUCUUAUUUUGUUUAAUAAAAUUUUGGAUGAUGAUCAACAAUUAAUUAUAUCAAUUAAAGAAAUAAAAAAAUAGUAUAAAUUCUAUGAAAAACUUUUAAUUUUAUAAAUAGAAUUAAUACUCUAAUAAAAGAAUAUUAUAAAGGAUAAAGUAAUACUAGAGUAAGAUUAACAGAACUAAUAGUUAAGUAGUUAACCAGAUAAAUUGAAUUAGAUUAAAAAAAUAAAAGAGAUGAGAGAGUAACAUUUUAAUUAAAAAGUAAAAGACUCUAUUGAAAAACUAUUUAACAACUUUGAAAUUCAAUUUAAAAAUGAUAAUAAACUUAUCAUUAAAUUAAAAUUUACAGACUUUUUAUAGUUUUUUUACUCUCUAUCUAAUUCUGAAUAUCAAAAAGGAUUAAAAGCUGAUCAAAUAGAGGACUCUAUAUGGUAGGAUAUAAAAAAUACUUAUAAGGAAACUAAAGACAAGGUGGUUGAUUUGUUAGAUUUUAAACCUGAUCAAAAAGUUAGAGAAGGAUUUGUUUACAGCCUAAUUAGACUUUAAUAUAGUGUUUAAGAAUAAAAAGUUAAAGGUUUCUGUUGCCAAUAUCUACAAUACAUUUGGGUAUUUGAAAAAGAUUAAAGAGUUAGAAAUUUAUUGAAAAAUAAAGAAUUAGUUGAAAUUUAGAAAUAGUUAUUUGCUUAGUAUCUAGAUAAUUUGUCACUGACAAUUAAAGAUGAAUUGAAGUUAAGAAUGUAAAAGUUAGAAAGUCUACAAUAAGAAAUCAAGCUAGAAGGAAAUUUAUAAAAAAGAGAGGAACUUUAAAUUUAAUUAAAGAAGACUUAUGACGAAUUAGAUGAAUCUUUAGAUAAUAUUUCUGAAAUGUCAGACAAAAUGGACAUUAGUCUUAUAUUUUUGAAAGAUAUCUCAAAGGAUGUAAAAUAAAUUAAAGCUUCAAUUGAUAAUUUAUAAGAGAGUAUAAAUUAAGUAGGUGAUGAUAUUCGUAAACUAAGAGGAAAGAGAUAUGAUGAAUUAUUAGAAAUAAGAAAAUAAAAAAUAUUAUUAUAAUCUAAAUUAACUGAAGUAGAUUCAGUUUAUGUUUAAUUAACAACUAUUGAAUAUGAUCCUAUUAGUGGGUAAAUUAUCAAAUCUAAUGAUAAUGAAAUUAGAACUAAAUUAUUAAGUGAAUAAUAGAAUGACUUUAAAGGAGAAGUAAAUGAAUUUAUUUGGGAUAAAAAUAGUUAAAAAGAUGUAAUGUUAGUUUCAGGAUUUGCAGGUUCUGGGAAAAGUAAAGCAGCUAGAAAAAUUGAAGAAUUUCUUUGGAAAUAAAAAGGAACUUAAUCAAAAUGGAUUCCAAUAUAUGUAUCACUUCCAACUCUUAAGAAUCCUAAAUUUAAUUUAUUUGAAUAAGCAUUAGAAUCUGAAAAUUAUUAAUUUGAUAAAUAUUAGAUAAAAGAAUUUAGAGAAGCUAUAUAAACUUAAAAAGAAUUCAUUAUUUUAAUACUUGACAGUUAUGAUGAGAUGAAAUAAGAUUGUAUUUAAUCAAAUCUACUUUUGACAAAUAAAUUGAUAUAAGAAUUUAAUACUACUAAUAUAUAAAUGAAAGUUAUUAUAACAACAAGAAAAGAAAUACUUAAUACAGUCGGAUAUUAAACUUGGUUUUAUGGAUAAAGUCUAUAAUAUUUAAAAGAAGUUUAGUUAUAAAAUUUUAAUGAAGAUUAAUAAAAUGAAUAUUUGAAUUAAUAUGUUGAGUUAAGUAUUAAAAGGAAAAUUAAGGAAAUCUAUGAAUUUGUAAAAUAAAUUGCUGGAUAAGGCUUUGAUUUGGACGAAUUCCUUAAUAUAUGGGGUUUGAUUUCAUAAUAAGUUAAGAAUUAUAUCGAGAAAUCUGAAAUAAAGGGAUUGGAAGGUAUUUUCUUUAAUAACACUGAAGAAUUGAUAAUUACAAAAAUAAAAACCCAUAAAACUCUUGAAAUUUUAAAAGAAGAAUAAACAACUACUUUAAGAAAGGAUUUGCUAGCCCUGUGGAGUGCUAAUAAAUUUAAAUCAUCUAUUAAAAGUGUCAAUAUUGAAAAUUUAUUAACUACUCCAUUUAUGCUGGAAAUUGUUGUUUAAGUUUUACCAAAUAUGACCAAAAAAUAUUAAGGAUCAUAAUAAAUGAAAGAACUAUUUAUUAAUAAUUAUUUAAAAUUGAAAAAAUAAGUGAGAAUUUCCAAAAUUACAAGAGAAUUGUAUCAAACAACAAAUUAAUAAUUAAAAAAGAAUGAAUAAGAUGAAGAAUAAUAAAUAUCUUAAGAAAAGGAGGAAGAAUAUUAAUAGAAAAAUGAAAAAGCUAGAAUAAUUUAAAUUGUUGAUAUGCUUGAUAAUGAGAACUUUUUCUCAAAAUAUUAAAUAGUUAGUUAAUUAAAUUAUAAAGAAAAUGCUAUUAUUAUUGAUAAUACUAAUAUUUCAAUAGGUUCUAAUGAAAUUCAAUUUAUAAUAAUGGCUUUAUAAAUGAAAAGAUUUACAGUUUUUGAAUUUUAUGAAAGUUUUAUUAAUUUUUAUCAUGAAUAAUAAAUUCAAAAAUAAAGAGAACUUGGUAAAAUUUAUAAUUAGGAUAGUUUUUCAAUUGAUAUUUAUUAAUACUCUUAUUCAUUAGCCAUAGAUAUGACUAUAAGGGAAUUAUCAUAAAUAGGUUAUAAACCAUUAGGAAAAUUGGAUUUAAAAAGCAAUUAUAAAAUUGAUUAAAUUAUUGAUGAUUGGUUGAAAUAAUAUUUUGAUAUUGAAGAUGAAUACAAGAAAUUAAUUAGAAGUUGUAUUUUAUUAAGUGCAAAGGGUAGUACUUUUUCAUUUACACAUAAAUCAAUACAAGAAUUCUUUGUUGCCAAAUAUAUUUAUGAUCUUUUGACAUCUCUAAAUAGUUUUGAAUCUAAAAUCUUAAAAGAUAAAGAAGAAAAUUUAGAGAAAAAUUAAAAAAUGUUAAUAAAUUCAGUAUUUAAUAAUUCAAAAUUUAAUAUCUCUACUGAUAACUUUAGAGGAUCAAUAAAUUUUAUUAGAGAACAUUUGACUAAUGUUGAAAAUAUUAAUUCAUAAUUGAUUGAAAUAGUUAAGCUAUCAAGGAGUAAAGAUUAUUGUAGAGCAGCUUCAAAUAGCAUUCAUUUAUUAAGUUAAAUGAAUGUUUAUUUGGAAUCUUAAGACUUUAAAGGUAUAUAGUUGGCCAAUACGGAUAUGUCAGGUCUAAGUUUAUUUGAUUGUGAUUUAAGUCACUCAAUAUUUGAAAAUGUUGAUAUUAAUUCAUGCAAUUUUAAUUUUGCUGAUUUAUCAAAUAUUAAGUGGACAAAUGUUAUUUGUAAAGAAAAACCAUUUUUAUAAGGACAUCAAAAUGGAGUUUUAGAAGUACAAUUUUCACCUGAUGGAAAAUUUAUUGUAUCAAUAGAAGAACAAGAUAAUAAAAUUAAAUUAUGGGAUGCUGAUAAAUAUUAAUUCAUCCAAGAUUUAGUAGGUCAUCAAGAUAAGGUUAAUACCAUAUCAUUUUCAUCAGAUUCUCCAAUGCUUUAUUCAGGGAGUGAUGAUGGCACUAUCUUAAAAUGGGAUUUUAAGAAUCCUUAAUAAAUUACUUGGGUUAUUGUAGAAACUAUUGAUAAUAAGGUUUUAAAAGUAAAAAUAUCAUAGGAUUCAAAAAAAUUGUAUUUAUAAGAUAAUUAAUUAAAUUUUUUUAUUUUAGAUUUAACAAAAAAUGGUAAAAGGGAAGAAUAUAUUCCAUUAUUAAAAAAAUGCGUUGAUAAGGAUGAAAAAUCUAAUAAGGCUGAAAAAUUUAUUGAAGUAACUGAAAUGUCACAAAUUUCAGAAUUUGCCUUACAUCCAAAAAAACCAAAAAUUGCAUUGGCUAAUGAAGUAUAUGGAUAUGUUGAUCAAAAUACAAUAGAAUUUAUAGACUAUUUAACACUAUAAUCAGAAUAUCUUAAAUAUAAGAUAGAAUCUGGUUGUGGAAGAACAAUUUUAGAUUCAGGUUUAGUAUUUAGUGAUGAUGGUUAAUAUUUUGCAAUUGUUUUAAAAAAUGAAGUGAUUGUUUGGAAUUACAAAUAAAAUACAUACUAAAUGUUUAUAUAAUUUUAGUUCCAUGAGAAAAUCGAAUUAAAAUUUAUUUUGUUUUCUUAAGAUAAUGAAUUAAUAAUUUGUUCAUAGAAAUUUAUGUUUAAAUGGUAAAAUUAUUAGCUUUAAUGGAAGUAGAAAUGCAUUGAAAUUUAGAUCUCUCCUUUAGGUAACAUAGCUGCGGUUGUUUAUGAAAAAAAACUAAGUAUUAUAGAUAUAAAUACCUAAAAACCAAUAAGUUCAAUAUCAUUUGAUUUUUAACCUAAUAAGAUACUAUUUUCUAAGGAUGGUACUAAAUUGUCUUUAUUUCUAAAUAAUGAGAAGGAAGUUAGAUAAUUUGCAAUUUUGGAAGUUUCCACACUUAAAACUAUUUGUUUUAUACCUUUUUGGAAUAAGUAUUGGAUUAAUUACAUAUUAUCUAAUAAUUUUGAAAAGCUAUAUAUUUAAUAUAAUGACACAGAAAAAUUUCAAGAAUAUGAUUAUUAUUUAUAAUCAUACUACUCAACCAAGAGGGUUAUAUAAAUAGAUACAAAUAAAAUACAUAAAGAGAUAGAAAAUAAGGAAUUCAGUAUAAGCAGCAAAAGAUUUUGUGCUUAAUAUUAAAGUGGGGUUAUAGCUUACAUUAAAUUAAAUACUAAUGCCAUAAAAAUAUAUGAUUUAGAUAAAAAUUAAGAAAUUGAAGAUGAUAUUUAAUAUGAAGAAAAUGAAGUCUUGGACCUUUUAUUUUCACCUACCCAAAAAGAAUUAGCAGUUUUAUAUUAGAAUGGGUUACUCUUUUGGAAUAUAGAAUCCAAGCCUUUCUAGAUUAAAAAUAAAAUUAUUUAGUUGGAUUCUAAUUUAAAAUCUAUUAAUUAUUCUCCAGAUGGUUCUAGAAUUGUAUUAGUGUUUCAAAAUUCAUUUAAUAUCUAUGAAGUCAAAAGCUGUAAACUAUUAAAAACAGUUGAACAUAAUGAUGCAAAUACAAAAGUAUCAAUUUCUUUAGAUAAUGAUUUAAUUGGGUAUAUUUAAGAUACAUAAAUAAUUAUUUUGAGUCAAAAAAAUAAUUAUGAAUAAACAGUUUUAUAAGGCCAUAAUGUAGCAAUCUAUAAUUUAAUAUUUACUCGUGAUUAAUAAUCUAUAAUUUCAGCAGGCUCUGGUGAACUUAUAUUAUGGGAUUUAUCUAAAUUUCAGAUUAAAGAUUAAAAAAACACUUAUAUAUAGGAAUAUUAAAUAACAUUUUCAUAUAAUACUAAAUUAUUAGUUUUAUUUAAAUAAAAUUUGAUGUAAUUAUGGAAGUAUUCUUAGAAUUAAUUAACAUUUAUUGGAUCUUAAGUAUUUGAUUUUGGAAUUAAUGAAUUAAGCUUUAUUCAUGAUGAUUAGAAUAUUUUGAUUAAAAAAUCAGAUACUGAGUUAUUGUUAUGUAAUUUAGAUAAUUUUUAAUAUUUACAAACAUUUUAAUUGAGUUUUGAAUAUGGAGCUAUAUCUUCUAAUAAUUUAAUUGCAUUAGCUGGAGAUGAUAAUAAUAUUAGAAUAUAUUUAAAUAACUUAGAAAAAAAUAAAUACAAUUUAUAAGCUUCCUCAAUAAGAUACUUAGCAUUUUUUGAGAAUAAAUAGAAUUUAUUAUUAAUUUAAGAAUACAACACAAUAAGAAUCCUGGAUUAUAUAAAUGGACAAUAAAAAGCUAAAUUUUAAUUAUUUGACUAUUAAACUCCAAUAUAAUUAUAAUUAAAAGGUGAAAUAUUAAUUUCGUAAUAUGAAUACAAUGUUUCUUUAUGGAACUUAAGUGAUUUAAAUAAUAUUAAGAUAUGUGGAUUUCACAACGAAAUUAAUUGUUUUUCUAUCUAAGACAAUUAAGAAUUAGGAUUAGGAAUAAUAAAUGAAUAAUAUAUUAUGAUCAAAAAUAUCCUUAAUGUUGAAUUUGCACUACCAGUCAAUUUAAAUUAAUUUAUAAUAUAAGUACUAAUGUCUAUGAAAAAAUAAUACUAUAUUAUUUUAUCAACAUUAUAAUAACUCAUCAUUUUAGAGAUUAAUACAAAAUAAAUACAUUAAUUUGAUAAAAGUGUAUUUGCAGUUGCAUAUUGUGAAGAAAGAGACUACAUUGCAGUUUAAACAUAAUCAGAACUCUAAUUAAUUUAAUUUUAAUAAAAUAGUUUUAACAUCAUCAGUUCAAUUGAUUUAUAGAAGGAGGGAUAUUAAUAAAGGAAUAUAAAAUUUACGAAUGAUGGACAAGGAUUAUCAUUAAGUUCCUCUCAUAUGAUUAAAUGGUUUUCAAUUACAAAAAAUUAAAAAAUAAUAUGCAGAGGUAUGUUUGAUAAAAAAGGAUUUAUAGAUUAAGGAUAAAUAUAAGCAUAAAUAUUUUGUGACAGAAGUUCUUCUAAUAAAUAAUAAUUACUUGCUGUUUUAGAUUAAAAAGAAAAAAAAUUUAGAAUUAUUAACAUCUAAAAAUAAAAACAAUUUGUAUAGAUUAAUUUUAUAAAACAUGAUCGUAGAUUACCUUCAUUAAGCUUUGAUUUAAGUUUUAACGAAGAUAAAAUAUUCUUUCUGUUUGGUGAAGAAGUAUUUUCAUUGGAUAUAAAUAAUUUUGAUACAAAGAAAUUAAAUGAUUAAAGUUCCCUUAAAAAUAGCUAAUUGAUAGUUAUCGGAAAGGAUUCAUUUGUGUUUGUAAAGGAAAAAUACGAAGAAGGCAAUGAAAUCAUUGAAUAUUAAGAAUCAACAUCUUGUAGUACGUAAAUCACAAAAAUAAAAGAUAUAACAUACAUGAAUUAUUUACCUUAAUAAUAAUUAUUAGCAAUAAGUACAAAAAGUAAUAAUAUUAUCUUUUGGGAUAUCAAAGCUAAAAAGAAUAUUGGAACUCUAAAAGGACAUUAAGAUACAAUCAAUCACAUAACAGUUUCACCUUUUGAUGGUGUACUUGCUUCAGUAAGUAAGGAUAGACUAAUAAAACUGUGGACUAUUAAUUAAAAUGAAUCUUCAGAAGUUCAAUAAGGUCAUUCAUAUUCUAUUAGUUCAAUUGCAUAUUCUUAAGAUGGCCAAUUAAUUGCUUCUGGAGCUAUAAAAAAAGAAGAAUAGGAAGUACCAAUAUUUCUUUGGGAUGUUAUUGAUAAAAAAUUGAUGAUUCAACUAAAAAAACAUAAAUGUUCUAUUACAAGUUUAGAAUUCUCUUAUUGUUCUAGAUAUUUAGUAUCUGGAGAUGAUAAUGGAAUAAUAGUAUUUUGGAAUAUUGAAUAUCCUUAAUUUGCAAAGGUUGCAUAUGUUAUAGAUGAAUUUAACAGUUCUAUAAAGUCUAUAAGAAUUUCUAAAACAGAAUAAACCUUAUUCGCAGUUUAUAAUUUAAAUUUAAUUAUAAAAUGGAAUUAUGAGUAAAUUGAAAAAUAAAUAGAUGAAAAACAUGUAAUUUUAGAUACAAAAUCUAAAUAAUACAGUUUUAUUAAAAAUGAUUAAUUUGUUUAUUUUGAUACAGACUAAAAUAAAUUAAUAAUUCAUAAUAUAGAAACAAAAGAAUAAAAGCUUUUUUAAUUGAAAUCAUAAAUUAAAUAAUUAUAAACUUCAAAGGAUGGUAAUCUAAUUUUGUGUUUGAAAUAAAUAAAGUAAAUAGAAACUUACAAAUUAUACUGUCUUUAAAAAUAAAAUGAUAAUAACUGGUAAAAAAAAUAGAUUUUUGGACCAUAGUCAGAUUAUUUACUACUUUCUCCAGAUAAUAAAUUUUUGUUUUUGGGAAUUAAUUUCAAAGUAUCAUAUAAUGAAUAAAGGAUUCUAUAUACAAUCUAUGAUUUUUAAAGAUUAAGUUAAGUAAAUAAAAAAUUAGUUUUAGAACUUGAAAAAAAUACACCUACAAGGAUUUUUAUGUCAUAUGAUUUUAAUUUAAUUGCAGUAGUUAUAAAUAAUCAAAGCAUAAAAAUCUAUGAUAAUUUAAAGUAAUAAUAUAUCAAAGAAUUCAAAGAAUGUAAAAAACCUGGAUUUGUUUAAAUAUCUAAAGAUAAUAAAUAUUUAGCUUAUUUAGAGAUUAAUGAAUAAGAUUAUCCUGGCAAUAUUAUCUUUAUAUUAAAUAUUGAGGAUCCAUCAAUUAAGAGAGAUCUAAAAUUUGAUUAAAGUGAAUUAAUAAUUUACAAGUUCUCUGCAAUAGAUUCAAAUCAGAUAUAUGCUUUAUAUAAAGAUCAAACAGUAAGACAUUGGGAUUUAACGGAUAAAUAACCUUCCAUAAAAGCUGAGGUUACUUUAUCAAAAAGUUUUGAUUUUAAAAGUUCCUUCAAAUUUUCCCCUAACCUUAAUUUCUUAUUCAAUAGGAACUAAACGAAUUUGGUGAUAUGGGAUUUUAGGAAAAAAGAAGAAUUCAUUAUUAAUGUUGAACAAGAAUUUGACGAUAUUUUUUUUUCUUAAAAUGAAGAUAUUUAUGCUGUUAUUAGUAAAGAAAAUAAUAUGGAUUGCAUUAUAAUAUUUAAAGACAAAAUAUCAUCUAAAAUAUUUUGGAAUGAAGUAUCUUAUGAGAAUAUGAAGUACAUUGAAUUCUCACAUAAUAAUUCUUAAAUGGUAAUUUGUUUUAAUUAUUCUUUCUAUCUCUACUAAAUAGAUGACGAAUUGAAAUCUAAAAUUCUAGGAUUUUGGAGAUCAUCGAAUUAUAUAGAAAGAUGCUUUUUAAAUCCUAUGAAUAUGAGUUUAGUAAUUCAUUAAAGUCAUCAGAAUAAAAUUGUUGUAAUUAAUUUAGAGCCAAUAAUAAUUUAUAAAUAGUAUGUCAUUGAGUAUAAGUAAAAUUGCUAACAUCAAAUCUGUUGUUUUUCUCCUGAUAGUUAAUAUUUAGCUAUUUUGUCCCCUACUUUAUAAAUAUAGGAUUUAUAAGAUCUUUAAAUCUUUGAAGAAUUUAAGGAAUAUUAAGGAUAUUGUAUAUCUUUUUAAUCAAUAGAUAUUUUAGUAAUUGCAAAUCAUUUUUAAUGUUAAUAUUAUUUAUAAUUUUUCAAAAUAAAAAAGUAUCAAAAUAAAAUAGAGGUAAUAAAAAUUUGGAAUUUUCAAUUCUAAUCUGAAAUAAUUUAAAUAACUCAUUUAUUUAUAUUAUUUAAUGUUCGAGAAAAAAUAAAUUAUUCCUACAAAAACAGAAUAGCAUUAGUUGAAAUUAAUAAUUUUAAAUUAGAUGAAUCAUAACUUGAAAAUAAAUAUCUGAGCUAAAAAAUAUUUAAAGCAAUUUAUCAUAAUGAAGGAAAUUUAAAUUUCUAAGAAAGUGGAAAUUACUUUGCUAUAAGCAAUCUAAAUUAGAUAAAAAUAUUCAACACUUAAACCCUUUAAUAGGAAAGAUGCUUUUUUUUAGAAGAAAAUAUUGAAAGAUCUCAAAUAUUCUAUAUGUCUGAUGAGAACUUGAUAAUGUUUUUUUUUAACUUUUGUGUCUAAAUAUUAGAUUCUACAAGUUUCGAAAUGAUUAGAUAGAAAGAAUAAAUUAGUAGUUAUCCCGAACAAGUUGAAUAUUCUAAGAUUUCAAAAUAUUUAGUUUUCAAAUAAACUAAUACCAUAGAGAUCUAUACUUUUGAAAAUAAUGAAAAAGAUUUCUUAACAUUUGAUACUUUUUAAAUAAAUGAUGAUAUUAUAUUCGAUAAUAUUGCAUUAUCACAAAAAGGUGAUUUACUUUUAACAGGUGAGCAUAAUUCUAAAGAUUUCACAAAUUCAAUUACAUUAUGGAAUAUAGGAUAGCGUAAAUAAAUAUGCGCUAAUAAUAAAAUAAACAAUAGAGUAACAAUUCUUAAGUUUUGUCCAGAUGGAGUUACUUUUGCCGCUGGUCUUGAAGAUGGAUCUAUUAAUUUAUAUUCAAUAGAAAUAUCAAAAACAAAUUUCUUUAAAUAAUAAUAGAAAUUGAAUCAGAAUUUUUAGAAAUUUUAAAUUAUUUGCAUUAAAUCAUUCUCUAAAUAAUCACUAUUAACUGCUUAAUAAUCCAUAUUAACUGCUGAUUCAAAUAUAAUAUCUGAAAAUAAGUCUAUUGUUGAAUUGUUUUAUUAAAAAGGAGGAUUAAAACCAAAAACCGAUAAAAUAGAAGUAUCAAAAAUUUGA